UUGCAGUAACCUACAGCGACUGCACAGGACUUCAGGAGGUGAAAGUUUAUUUGUGUUGUUUAUGUCAUAUUCUAGUUGACACAAUGAGUGUUUGAGAAACAUUUGCUAUAAACUACGACGACGCUCCACAGCAGACAUUUUUAUUCCGGCUCCCACAUCAUGGCAUCUACGUUGAUCUCGGUCCCGACUACAGCGUCGCGCUUCGCCCUGCUGCAGGUGGACUCCGAUUCAGACACCGACUCCGACACCGGGAAAACCAAAUCCUCUCGAGAAACCGGCAAAUCCUCACGAGCAGGAGGGAAAUCUGCAGGUGCCAAGAACAACCAGAACACUGACAAAAAGAAAGACAAGAAGAAACGGAAGAAGGAGCAGCAGCAAAGUGAAACCAAUGAGCUCAGGAACCUCGCCUUUAAGAAGCUGCCUCAAAAAUCCUCUGCACCACCACCUACUCUGACACUGCAGGGUUUAGCCAGUGAGCUGCUUAAUUCCACUGAUCGCACAUCUGCGCCACAGGAAAGCUGGCAUGAGUGGAAACAGAGAGAUGAGCGGCUGACCAGCGAGUUGUACGAGGCAGACCUGGAAAAGGCGUUAAUGCUGAGUAAACUAGAGUUUGAGCAACAGAAAAAGGAGGCUGUGAGCACUGAGACCGCAUCACCCAAAGCCAAAGGAGGAGGGAAGAAGGAAAAGAAAAAGAACCAGCAGGGGAAAGACAAACGUGUCACAGUGUCUCUGAAAGACUUUCAGCAAGAGGGAAACAUGGAUCCGCCGAGUAAGAGGCCAGAGAGAGAGGAGCCAAAGCCUGGAAACACAGCAGUGCACGAAAAGAGAUUCUUUAACCAACUAGAGGACGACGUUAACAGAAUAGUACAGAGAGACAAGCGUCGAGAGCAAUACAGCUGCAGCGCAGGUCAAGAGGUUAACACCUCCUCUGAACAAGAACAGAAGAAGGAAUUUUGCCUUACUGCUUUCACACAGUCUGCCGUCAUAGAGGAUGUAAGAACUGAACAGUUAAAGUUUGAGCUGGAAAAGAAAGACCAGGAAAUAGAAAAACUGAAGAAGACCAUUUCUCAAUGGGAGGAGCGAUAUAAAGAAGUGAAGGCAAGAAAUUCCCAGUUACUCAAGAUGCUUCAACAAGGCGAGAUGAAAGACAAAGCGGAAAUCCUGCAGCAAGUCGAGGAGCUUCUGAACAUAAAAGAGGAGCUGACCAAACAGGUGACAUUACUGCAUACGUCAUUAGAGCAGGAGCGGUCGAAGAUGAAGGGAUUGCAGUCCGAACAACCGAAACAUCAAACCAACCGGAAGGGCAAGAAGGGACCAGAUGGAGAUUUAUGAAGAUCAGACACGGACAUUAUGAACAGUUUAGUUUCUCCCACGUCUCCAACACUGACCCGCAUCACACUCGCUCAUUGAAUCUCAUCUCACCGAAUCUUAUCUCUCACACACACACAUUUCUUCCUGUCCAUCAUGACUGUAGUCUUAUUUGCUUCAUAAUGAUUAUGUGGGUAAAAUUUGGCCUUUUGCUGCUAGGGUUAGAAAUCAUCUCUGUAUUUUUUUUCUUUCUUUUUCUUCUGAAAGAAGGAUUCAGUAUUUGCUCGGUAUUUUGAGUGAUAUGCUGUGGCUGGUGGAUCUGAUGUGAUUUGACUAAGGUUGUUUCCCAGAAGCAUUACAAACUGCUGACAUUCACCUUAUGCUAUUAUAAAUGCUGUCACUAUGCAGGAUUUAUAUUGUUGUUGAUAAACCCGGACCCAGGUUCCAUCCUGAGCCACAAACAGGACUAAAUCAGUAUAAAUGAGCAACUUCUACUAACACAAUUUAAUGUCUCGUGUCAUUUUGUUUGGAUUGGUCUGCCAGCUGCUGCUGAAAAAAGUGCCAGUCCAUUUCAUCCACUAAAGAAAACCAUCUACUUCACUAAGAGUGGAAUGGUGGACUUUUUGAGUUCUUUUUAAUAAAGACGCCAGUCGACUUUUUCAAAGAAUAAUCA